AUGUAUAAAGUCCACUUAUGUUUUGAUGGCCAAGUGCGAAGAAUUAUCCAAAUCUAUGUCUCAGCUGGAACCGUUAAAAAAAGAAAUUAUGACAGAAAUUCAGACACAUGUUCGAAAGUAAGAAGACAACAUAGUUGUUACAGUGACAGUUACUGUGCGAAUGGAGGUACAUGUGUACAAAAUCUGGAGAUUGAUCAUCUGGAGUCAGGCUUAUUUUGUCAAUGUCCACCUGCUUUUAAAGGUACUCAGUGCGAGUAUGAAAGAAAUCCAUGCGAAGAUGAAGUUGGCUGUGUUCCAUUUUCUUGUGUGCGAGAUCCACGAAAUUUAGAGUAUGGUUCCCGUUGUCAAUGUCCUACAACACAUCAACAUCAGACUGAAAGUGAACCCAGGUGUGUACCUAUAUCAGUUUGUGGUGAAUUCAAUAUAACAAGUGAAUUUAAAAUGAGAAGGCAACCAUGUAGGAAUUCGGGUCAGUGUAUCCAAGAUACUAAAAAUCCAACUUUGUAUAAAUGUAUUUGUAGCCAUGGUUAUACAGGUGAUCAUUGUGAGAUUGAACCAUCACCAGCUAUAUGGAGUGUAUGGUCAGCAUGGUCUAAUUGUUUAUGGCCUGACUUAAAUGAAAUAUGCCACAAAAAACCAUAUCGUCAACAAAUACGCACUUGUAUAACUAAUGCAAUCGGCCAAAAAUGUAUGGGGGAAACAAAAAGGAUAACACAUAUUGGAUGUGAUCUCAGUGUACUCCAUUCAAAAUCAGAGAUCAACGUAUCACAAACAAAACGUGAGAAUCUAAUAAACGCAUUAAAACUAUGUGAUUUAUAUAGUAAACAAUAUGUUAUGCCAACAAGUGAAUAUGGAUUAAAUCAACAAUUAAUAAUAGUUGAAGAAGCCGAUGAUUGGAUUACAACCGGUUUUGAGGAUGCACCACAACUACACUUGAGUGAGUCAACAGUAACUGAUCAAUCACAGUCAGCAAACUGGCCUACGAGACAGGACUAUCUACUCACCACAGGAUGGAUAUAUGUGACCAUAAUUCACAUAGGAACAAUACUUUUUUGGAUUCAUUACAUACACCGUUGGAGAACACAACGAAGAGAUUAG